AUGGCUCCCAAGAAACCACCACCACCACCAAAGGGAGGGGCUGCAAAAGCUCCGCCGCCGCCGCCGCCGCCACCCGAACCUAGCGGCAUGACACCGCAACGUCUAAAGAUGAUAUGGAUGUGCAUUGUCGGGACAAGCCGGAAGCCCCUCGCCCCUUUUCGAACGCCUUUCCUUGUGGAGUGUUCCCUGAGCCUCCUCUCCUCUCCCCACUCCUUGGGCGUCCUCCGGGCCCCUCGUCUCUCAGCCCUCCAAGCAAAGAGAGGUGCCUCUCCUUCAGGGGCCUGGGGAGAGGACGACCCCAGCCUCGGUGGCCUGACGGAGACUGAAAAUCUCUACAAGAAAAAUACUAAAGCCAGAUCUUCUGGCACUUGGAAUACUUUUGGGAGGAAUCUCUACUAUGUUUCAAAAGGAAGAAAGACUUGGUAUGAUGCGGAGAACUUCUGUGUGUCUAGAGAUUCCCACUUGGCCUCCGUCUUAAGUGAUGAAGAACAGAAUUACAUCACUUCUCAGCUCAGAGGCCCCGCCUGGAUUGGUUUUACAGAUGAAAAGGAGGAAGGCAAAUGGGAAUGGACAGAUGGCUCCAGAGUAACAAAACAGUAUUGGCACGAGGAAAACACUUUCCACACAGAAAGCAAGAGAAGACUGGAGAAGGACUGCACAUCCAUAGUGCCGUCGCUGGCUGGAAAUAAUUGGCGCGAUACCCAUUGCCACGAACUACGGAACUGGGUUUGUAAGGAGAGCGUAGAAAUUUAAGAUGGCAAAACCUGGGCCAACAUGUGACUGAAGACAGAAUGG